CUGCGUGUGUAUCAGUAAGAGCGGCACUUCUGACUAUUGUCCCCUUUUUUCCUGCAGGAUCAGGGAUAUUUGACUUGUUCUGUGUUUUUGUUCAGUUGAGACAACAUUUGAAGACUUUCAAUGAGACAACCUGCAGUUUGCACCGUCUUGACCUCAUGUUCAGCUCGGAUUCAACGAUUUGCACUUACAUUUCAAGACCGCUGUCCAUGGUGCUAAUAAAAACCUAUUUUCGAACUAUUUCCUCUGACUCAGAGAUAAUCAAGGCGGACCAGAUGCGCCUAUCUCUUAUCAUAGUUCCAUAUCCAUAACACAGUACUUGUCCAGCCCAACGCCCAGCCAAUCACAGGCUUAAGGGAGGGGACCAGGGUUGCUUUAAAAGCUGACCCUAGUGCCGGAGAACACAAGAUCUACUGACUCACACAGGAAAAUCCAGAGCCGGCAAAAUGGUUGAAUGGACAGACUUCGAGCGCGCCACCAUCGCGGACAUCUUCUCCAAGAUGGAGUAUGAGGUCGUGGGCCCUGCAGCUCUUUCCAGGUGUCUGGUCGUCUACCCCUGGACUCAGAGGUAUUUCGGAAACUUUGGAAACCUCUACAACGCCGCUGCAAUCCAGGCAAACCCUUUGGUUGCAAAACACGGAACCACUAUCCUCCACGGUCUGGACCGGGCUUUGAAGAACAUGGACAACAUCAAGGAAACCUACGCUGAGCUGAGCGUGCUGCACUCUGAGAAACUGCACGUGGACCCUGACAAUUUCAAGCUGUUGUCUGACUGUCUCACAGUCGUGGUCGCUUCUCGGAUGCGUAAAGAGUUCACUGCUGAAGUGCAGGCAGCUUUCCAGAAGUUCCUGGCUGUGGUGGUGUCCUCCCUGGGAAGACAGUACCAUUAGAGAGCUGCAACAGAAGACACAGACAUGUAGAUGAAUGGCUCUUUGUUAUUGUCUCAAAAGCAAAUA